CGUUUAUUCACUGGUCUUCGACCACAAGCCAAUUCACCAUGUCCGACAGAGGUCGCUCGAGGUCUCCCAAACCACUCUCACCCUCUCCAAAGAGGAUAACUCGAGAAAGGGAUGUGUCCAUGUCCCGCUCUCGCUCUCGCUCACGUACGCCUCUCUCCCGCUCGCCUUCUCGUCGUGCCAAUGGGUCAAACGGUGACGGUGGAUUCAGAGUCAUUGUCGUCUCCGGUCUCACCAAGAACGUCCACAAGGGGCACUUGGAAGAGAUUUUUGGAGUGUACGGAAGAGUUUCAGGACUGGAUCUACCGCUCUUCAAAGUUUCCGGUUUGAAUCGAGGCAAAGCAGCGAUCGAGUUUGAUCGACCUGAACAAGCUGAAAAGGCCCUCAAGCAUAUGGAUGGGGGACAACUCGAUGGGUCUUUCCUGAAGGUCCAGAUCUCUGAACACCCUCUACCCGCUCCGCGCCAGCCCUCGCCCCUCCCGACGUAUCGUCGACGAUCUAUUUCCCGCUCACGUUCACCUCCCAUUCGACGCAGGCGCUCUCCUUCAUAUUCCCGUUCUCCUUCCCCUAGAAGAGGCUCUUAUGGCGGCGCAGGCGGAGGAGGAGGAGGAGGAGGCUUCAGACGACGCUCUCCAUCACCUCGAGGGGGUCCUGGUGGAGGAAGAUACGGAUCUGAUUCGUACGUCCCUGGUGGACGUGGUCGAGGGGGUUACGGUGGUGGUGGUGGAGGAUACCGGGGAGGGUAUGAUCGUGGCGGGUACAGAGGGCGAGGCGGCGGGCAUGGAGCUGGAGGAGGGUACAGGGGAGGAUACAAUGGAGGUGGGGGAGGUGGAUCAGCACGGUACAGGUCACGAUCUCGUUCGCCUCUACCUUCUUCAUCUCGUGCGCCUCGACGUCAAUCACCAGAGUACGGUCGAAGAUCUCGAUCGAGAUCAUAUUCUUCUCGCUCAAGAUCAUAUUCUCGGUCGGUAUCGCCAGCCCCGAGGCGAUCUACGGGCGGGGGAGGAGGAGGUGGAGCCGCAGGAUCUCGUCGAAGUCCCGUCUCUCGCAGUCCAGUUGGAAGACGGGCCAGAUCCUACUCUCGCAGCCUUUCAAGAUCCAGGAGCAAGAGUCCUGUCAGGGGUGCAACGAAGGGAGGCGAUAGGAGUCGAUCGAGGAGCGUUAGGAGUAUCAGCAUGGAGAGUGCCAGUAGGAGUCCUCCGAGGAAGAGGAGUGCUAGUCCGAGGCCGUAAGUUGGGGGACAUGCCUCCAGGCAUCGCUGCAAGAGACGAGGAGUGGAAAAGAGGAUCUUCAAGAGCCGCAGCUAGCGGUGAGGUUCAAAAUGCAGAAAGAAUGCAUA